AUGGCGGGCUUAAUCCGACUCCUCAGAACGCAAUUCAACCCCCCGACAGAGCCAACCAUCUCAUUCGCGGGAAAAACGGUAGUCUUGACCGGUGCGACUUCCGGGCUGGGAUUUGAGGCAGCUAUCAAGCUUCUCAAUCUUGGCGUGGAAUCAUUGAUCAUCGGCAGCCGAAGCCUGCAGCGCGGUGAGGCAACCAAGACGGAGCUUGAGAAGCGAACAGACAGACGCGGAGUAGUACAGGUAUGGGAGCUGGAAAUGAACAGUUUCAGAAGUGUGAAGGAUUUUGCAGCCCGCAUCAAUGCGUUGAAGCAGUUGGAUGUUGCUCUUCUGAACGCUGGACUUUGGAAUCGGGAGUUCACAACAUCACCAGAAGGGUGGGAGGAGACAUUGCAGGUUAACACGCUAUCUACCUCUCUGUUGGCGCUUUUGCUACUUCCAAAGCUGAGGAGCUGUUCUUCUGAUUCAAACCCGACACAUUUGAGUGUUGUCUCGAGCCAGCAGUUUGUGCGGGCCCAAGCGAAGAGCCUCCAGACGGACGGCCCGUUACUGGAACAUCUGAACGACGCUCAGAACUUCAAUGGCCCGAAGCAAUAUGGCGUAUCGAAGCUUCUUUUGGAGUAUGUUCUUAAGACGGUAGCUGGGCGUUUGCGCAACGAAAACGGGACAGUCCCGGUCAUUAUCAACACAGUAAGCCCUGGCUUGUGCGCGUCAUCGCUUGGGCGCCAAUAUACCAGAUUCUACCACCGAUUGGUAGUAUGGAUAAUGUAUAGCCUCUUUGCUCGCACAGCAGAACAAGGGAGUCGGUCACUGGUUAGCGCGACAUACCAAGGGUUGGAAUCGCAUGGGAGGUGUUGGCGAAGUGACGGAUAUUUGGAUGAAUCAACCGCGCUAACUACAGGUCUGGAAGGAAAGCAAUUCCAGGCCAAAGCGUGGAAGGAGAUAAUGGAUGUCCUCAAGCAGCAGACGGGCGGUUUUGAUGAAGUAUUAAAAGGAUCUGAUCGGUAG